AUGUCGUUCUCAUUCGAAAUCAAUCAUCGACUUUUGGAAGAUAUUCGCAGUGAAUCAAAACAAAUACUUGAAUCAAUCACUGAUUAUGAACAAGAACAAUUAGUAUCUCUCGAACAGGCUUGUCAACCACUGAAAGAUAUUCUUGGUAAUGAACUUCAAUUAUACAUUACAGUCGCUAAACUUAAUUCGAAAGAACCUAAAAAUGGACUUUCUCCAGACGAAUCAGCUUCGAUUUAUUUAUAUACAAUGGAAUGGAGUUCACGAGAAAAUAGUCUUUAUGUUCUUUUCAAUUACGCACUCCGCACAUCUGACAGAAGUCAGUUGCGACCAUGGUUCCAAUACAUGAAAUUAUUCUUUACAGCCUUCUAUAAAUUACCAUCUAUCGAGAAUCAAACGGUCUGGCAUGGAAUUUCGGAAGAUCUCAGUAAAUACUAUCGAGAAGGCGAAGAAUUAACAUGGUGGUCAUUAAUUUCCACGACUUCUUCAUUCGAUGUUCUUCAGUCUUCUAUGUAUUUGGGUAGAGUUCCUACACAAACCGUAUUUGCAAUUGAAACAAACAAUGGAAAACUUAUUCGUGCACAUUCACAUUUGCAAAAUGACGAUGAAAUUCUUCUACCACCUGGAAUUCGUCUCAUAGUAACAAGAAUUUCCAAUCAAAGUAAUGGAAUUCAUAUAAUUUAUUUACGUGAUAUCAAUCUAUCUUCUUCAAAACAAAUCGUAUCUCAAUUUGCUCGACCACAAGGAGCUUCUAUAGUUGAUAUUCAGCGUUUGCUAAACCAACUUGACAUAUUAUGUCCCAAUGGUAAACCAAUCAAUCUAGUGGCAAGGGUCGAUGGAUGCAACAUUCCUACAUAUAUUACUGAAUUGUUUCAUUUUUAUGGCUUAACUGUAAGUUGGAUAAACGAUUACGAUCAAAGCUUUAAAAUGUUAACUAUGUUUCAAAUGGCCCAGAAUCCUGAACAGAUUGCAAAAGCAAAUUGGGAACAAAUUAAACAAAUGUUCAUCGCUAUUAAUUGGUCCGGAAGAUUUUCAUACUAUACUACUUGGGCUUUGGCGAUCGAACGUGGCUAUAUACGAUUAAUUCUACUUCGAAUGAAAGAACUCGCUGAACAAGAAACUUUAUAA